AUGGUAAAUCGUGACUUUGAUGUCAAAUUGCACAACUUUGGACUUUUCUACAUGACAUGUGGCGGACGUUUGGUUCUACUGAAUGGAAAAUCCAACUCUCCGCCAAAAAGUCAAGGCUUUCUCUACGAUGAUCGUGUUAUUUUUCUCAACUGUUCGUCAUUGAUUGAACGUCUAUCAAAUAUUCCCGACGAAGACUAUCUUCCUUUAAUAUAUGAGACGAAUUCAUACUUAGAAUCGUCUACUUUUGAAACCGAACUUCCUUUGGUAAUUCGCGAACGAGACAUUUUUUAUCAGUUCUAUCGCAACGUCCUACUCAACACACUACUGCAAGGAUAUCCUCAUACGCAUGAUGUACUCCUUUCAUUCGCUGCUAAAGAUGUACCUCCAUUAUUCCGUGGACAAGUUUGGGCAUGUGUUCUCGGUGUUGUGAACAACGAAAUGUAUAAACAAUUGGAUAAGUGUAGUCCAACACAUACCGAUCGACAGAUUGAAGUGGAUAUACCUCGAUGCCACCAGUACAAUGAGCUAUUAUCUUCCCCGGAAGGGCAUGUAAAACUGAAACGUUUGUUGAAAGCAUGGGUUGCAGCUCAUCCACAAUAUGUUUAUUGGCAAGGAUUGGACUCACUCACAGCUCCAUUUUUGUAUUUGAAUUUUAAUAACGAAGAUCGAGCAUUCUUGAGUUUGUAUAAAUUUAUUCCAAAAUUUCUCCAUCAUUUUUUUCUCAAAGAUAACUCCUCAAUCAUUAAAGAAUAUUUAAUUAAAUUUUUCCAGUUAAUUUUUUUCCAUGAGCCAAUUCUAGCUAAACAUCUUUACCAAAUAAAUUUUAUUCCAGAGCUGUAUGCCAUUCCAUGGUUUUUAACUAUGUUUAGUCAUGUGUUCCCGCUUCACAAAAUUUUUCAUCUCUGGGAUAAACUUAUAUUAGGCGAUAAUUCAUACCCAUUAUUUAUUGGUGUUGCGAUACUAACAGCUAAAGAGUACAUUAAUUCUAUCGGGUUUUAA